AUUGUUCCUGGUGAUCCGUUAGAUAAAAGUAUUGUUCUAAGACCUUUGGAACCUAGUCCGGCACAACAUUUAGCUAGGGACUUUAUGGUAAAAACUCGAAGACGUAAAGGAUUGUCCGAAGACGUUUCCGUUAACAAGUUUUUCGAUGAUCCAUUGUUACUAGCCAUGGCGCAGUCUGAUGUUCUUGGUGGAUAUACACUUUGA